AUGAGCCCUUUUACAGAAAAAGCACACGAAAGAUGUGAAUGGCCUGAAGUGGCCGUACAUGACUCCAUCGUUCCCCCCGAGUUAGGCACGCAGGCCAAUCCCAUAGUGGUCGGAGAUGAUCUUGCUCCAUGGGGCUCGGCUUCCAAUCCCAUCGUGAUCCAUGCUGACGAGGGUUGGUACCGUGAUGAGACAGAUCAGGUUGGUUCCGAUGCCGACACUGAGAUCAUGGCUACACCAGAAUUCUGGGGUACAUUGUUCGGUGGAAACUUUGCCGUCCCUGUAGAUGAAAGUGCAGCUGUCGAUUCGUCUUCUGUCCGUGCGCCAACCAGAUCGCUAAUCUGUGAGGAUCCUGAAGGCCUUCAGCCAUUCGAGAAAUCAAACCCGAACUGUUUUCACUUUGAUGACAAAGCAUUGAAAGUGACCGAGGAUUCUUUUGACGCGUCGCAACUUUGUUCGGGCCUUAAGGCUGCAAAGAGUGAGAACGUUGCGAAUUGCCACGCAGAAAGCGAGCAAAGCACAGAGAAAGACGAAGUUUUUGAGGCCCAAGAAUUCAGGGAGGCUCGCAGUGUGCCUGAGACUUCUUCGAUGACCCGCGACGCUGUUCCACAAGAAAUAACAGACCAAACUGAUACUUCCCUUGGGAAAGGCCGGUCAUGUGACUCCUACGAUGUGGGAUCAAGAAAACGCAGAUUAUCGCAUAGACCAGCAUCAAACUUGAAUGGAAUCGAUUGCGUAGGCAAAACAGCCUCGGCUUGGGAUCCUUCCAUAUCUACUACCAUCGGUGAUGAACUAGCCGCGAUCUACGAUCAUAUGGACCACUGUCGGAACGCCGAUUGUCUCCCCGCUAAAGUUUUUUAUGAUGAGAUGCAGUCCCCUCAAAACACGAUGCCAAGGAACUCAAACAGGACCAAACAGCAACAAGAACCAAGCGCAGCAGGUCACGUCACCAUACGAUUGUAUGUUCCAGAGCUCCAAAGGGGGGCUGCGCGGCCAGAAGGAUUUAUGAUCAACCAACUGGCUAUUCGAAAAGCCUUGUUUACGCCAGGUUCAACUUCCAACCUAGAAGAUUGCGGUCAAGACGAUAUUCUUUUCGGACGAGGCGUUGUGGUCGUCCCCUUGAACGGACAGGACCCGAAAUGCUUCCUCACCUUUUCUCCUGAGAAGAAUCAGGACGAUCACAGUACCAAUGCGUCUACAUCUGGAAAGUGGCCAGACGGCAUUGUGAUCAUUGAAUCGGCCAUUCUAGAAUGGCAAAAGGGGACCAAUCAGCGACACGACUUCGUUGGACAAGUUUCUAUCGAACUUUAUACAACGUGGCCCCCUCCAAAGUCAGAGUACGCAAGUCGAGAAGACUUCUCUGGAAGGGUUGUUGUGAGCACUCAUUCGGAUGGGGCGGACCCAAAAUGGUUCCUUACCUUCUCUUUUGGGCAGUCUUCAGCCGAUCGCAAGCUUCUUACUGGGGAAGUAACACGCAAAGCUGGUAUUUCCCUUGGGACGAAUCUACCGCGUACCUCCCAUGAUGCAGGAUCAGCGAAACGGAAAUUAUCACACGACGGGAUCCGUUCUGAACUAAGACGAUCGGAGCGAUUGACCAAAAGACCUAGAACUUGA